AUACCAAUUUCUCAAAUGUCGCGGUUUAUCUCUCCUCUAAAUCCUGCCACAUAUUCUACUCUGGGAGUGCUUUUAACCGCUGUUGGCGUCUUUUUCAUGGCUUGGUUCUUUGUGUACGAAAUUACCGGGACGAAAUACGUGCGAGAACUAUUCAAGGAGGUUCUUAUCGCAGUCGUUGCCUCCAUUUUCAUGGGCGCUGGACUUUUAUUUGUCGCCCUUUGGGUCGGUAUUUACGUGUAA